AUGAAUGGAUUCAAGCAGUUGAUAUUCAAUCUAACAUACGAUAAAGUGCCAGUUGGUUCCUGUACAGAUAAAUUGAUUCCAAGAGGCACAGAGUUAUUUUGUGUCCCACGCUCGGAAAUCCGUGCAAAAACGGAGAAAAUCGACGACACAAGAACCUUCUUACAAAGUAUGGCUAAUAGUGUUAGUGUCCAGUUUGGUGUCUCAAUUAGUCUUGUCAAUCCGAUCGUUGGUGCAGCUGGAGCAGCGUUGGGCGGAGCUGCUAGUGGAGGAGGAACAAAAAAUCCCACUCCUGAUAAUGGAAGUGGUGGCGCCGGUAGUGGUAUUGCUGGCAUUGGUAGUUCUUUGCUGAACUUGGGAAGAAUUGGAUUCUCAUUCGGUCACUCCUCUCAAUCUACAUUCGUGCUCAACAGCAUCAACAAUCAAGCUUCAACCCUUUUUCAUACCUAUGCUGAAGUUUCUUUCGUUGAAUUGUCACUCUUCGAACAAACAGCUCACUUGUCUGAAGAAUUUCGAACAGUCAUUCAGGAGAUGCCAUGUUGUGAUGGAACAGAUGCAGAAACUGUUAAUUACAUCAAAGAUUAUAUCAUUGGGUACUUCGGUUAUACAUUCUUAACCAAGAUGGUCUUAGGCGGUGUUGCCCAGCAGACAAUUGUCAUUUCAAAUGAUAAUCUACGCAGCAUGCAGUCUAGUGGUGAUUCUUCUUCCACGCAAGCUCAAUUGAGUUUUUCAACUAUUUUCAAUUUUGGUUACCAAAAUAUGAAUAACGAAUCGACAACGAAAUUAAAUGAUUUCCUUUCUAAAGUUACAACAGCAUAUUCGUCUAUAACAGGAGGCAGUGUGCUCGAUCCCAAUAAGAAAUUGAACGAUUGGUUUCUGACUGUUCCAUCAAAUCCUGCUAUUAUUAAAUACACACUGAAACCGAUCUUUGCACUGCUUAACAAAAAUAAUUUCCCUCGUGACAGAGACAUUGAAACGAAAUCGGAACUGAUAUUGAAUGUCACACGAACUUUACUGUUCAACAGUAAAGUCACAUGUGAUAAUGACUGUAAUAAACAGAAUGGUAAAUGUGAACCAAUCGGCGUACUUCAAUUCAAUAAGUGUACAUGCAAGUCAGAAUUUGAAGGGCCAGACUGUGGUGGGGCAAAGACAGUUCCUACAACAUCAACCACGGCUGCGCCGGCACCAGUAGUAACAUCGUCAACUACUGCUCUGCCUGUAGCAGUAGACUACGUCUCAUGA